AUGAUUUGCAUGAGCGACUUGACAUGUGGAGAUGUGGUUCGCACAGAGCGUGGAUGGUCUCCGGUUGUGGGAUGGCUGCACCGCUCCAUCACCGACACCGUCGACAUGUUGGAAAUGGUCACUUCCAUGGGAACGCUAGUCGCAACCCCGAACCACUUGUUCUUCCGACCGGAUGGCACGGCAGUGGCAGCAGGGCUCCUUCAGCCGGGUGACCAGUUGGCUGCGUUGGAAUCAAGUGCUUGUGUGUUGAGCACUCGACCCGUUCAAAACCAAGGCUAUUUUGCACCUUUGACAGAGGAAGGCCAGCUGGAAGUUGGUGGCGUUUCUGCUUCCUGCUACAUCGAGAUCUGCCUUUUCGGAUGGAAGGUCCCACAUCACGUGAUGAACGUUGUCAUGUGGCCCUUCCGCGUGAACCCCGCAUGGAUGCCCAAAGCAUGGCCUCAAUUCCAGUCUUUGGGCCUUGACUCAGCGCAGUCUGUAAGAGCGGCGCUGGCGCAAGUCCUGGGCCCUGUGGCCAAGGCUUUGGGCCGAGAUGUCACACAGCGACAGCUGCUCAGUCUCAUCUCCGACCUGAUGAAGGACGAGUUCCAUGACGUGCGACUGAACAUCGUCUCCCAUGCGGGUCUCAUUUGCGAAGUUUUGAGCGUUGAUGGUCUCGUCCAUUCGCUGCUGCACACCGUGCAGAAUCUCAUCAUGGACAAUCAUUGGCGAAUUCGCCAAAGCGUGGUGGAGCAGGUCCCCAAGCUCUCCCGGCUCUUCGGCAUGGAGAUGUUCCAGUCCAAGCUCGAGAACAUCUUCCUCUCCAGCCUCCGCGACUCCGUCCAUUCCGUGCGUCAGGCCGCGAUUCAGCACUUGAAGGACAUCGCUGACACCUUCGGUUCCCAAUGGACCGUGGAACAUUUGUUGCCCAAAUUGGUCGAGCAGUACUCCGGCAGCGUGGGCUAUGCCAACCGCGUCACCACGCUUCAUGUACUGCCACAAGUCUCCUUCGUGAUGACGCCAGAGCAGCUGGUGCAAUGCAUCGUGCCAUUGCUUGUGAGGGCCACCAAGGAUAGCGUGCCGAACGUGCGCUUUUGCGCAUGCCGCACGAUCAUGUGGAUGAUGGAGCAUCACAACCUUGGCGCACAAAACAUCAACACCAUCAUCAAGCCUUGCUUGUCUGAGCCGGGGGCCGUGCACGGGGAGCUGAGUGGAUGGGGAAAAGACACGAGUGUGGAAGAAGAACAGAGGGCGCAGCUGACCGCGACCUUGCUGCCCUCCGCGCAGAGGCCCUGCGACGACGAGAGCCCACCGUGGUCCUUGAGCCAGGCGUGGAGCUUGGUGAAGCGAUGGCAUUUGGCCUUUUUGGCCACCACCGAUGCAGCCUUCAUCCGCUCCGAGAUCAACGGCCGCCGGAGCCGGCGGAUCGUCCUCUUCGCCUUCUUCUGCGCUGAUGCCGUAGGAGGCGGCUUGUGGGCCUUCUGGUGCGAGGAUGGUGCGAAGCGCAGCGCCGCUCCCGAGGACAUGGAGCACUACAAGGAUGCUUGCCACUCCUUCGGGGUGAAUCACUACCUCCUCUGGGGCGCGGGCAUUCCGCUGGAAGGCUUAGUGCUGUGGUUGGCCGGGCGCGAUCCCUGGUCCUUCUGGUCCGACGCCUGGCUCCUCCCCGUGUGGAUGGUGAGGCUGGGCUUGUUGGAUGUGUUGCUCUGGAACGUUCCUCCGCAGAUCCUGGUGGGGGACGCCCUUUGGUUUUCGGUGAUUGCAGUCAUGUGCCGUGUGCACUCAUUGGUUUUAUGGAUCUUAGUGGCUUUCGAAGUGGCCUCUCUCAUUUUAGCACUCGGCGAAGGUGGAUUUGUGGACAUCUUCGCCUUUGAUCACGUGCGAUAUGGCAUGUAUAGUGUGGCCAUGCUCAUCAUCAUGGCCGGGGCCUACUUUUUGGACGAGCAAACGCGGCUUCAGUCCUUUGGCCAGGUCAUGUCCUUGCAGGAUCAAAACGCCGCCUUGGCGGAGAUGAUGCUGCGAUGGAAGGUGCUUCCCGACUUGGAGCAGAGCUCCUCGGUGGGCGGCUCCGAGCAGCAGGAGGCCUCUGUGGGAUCGAUCGGCAGCUCAAGUAGCAUCUUGCCACGCACGGGGCGCGGAGCUGCAUGGCAUCCGAGACCAGGCCGCACCGCGCGGGUGCGCUUCAACCUGCCGGACCUGCCGACGGCGCGCCACGCGCUGCCCACGCGGCAGCCGCGGGAGCUGGGAGGUCAUCAGACCGCGAAGAACCUCAUGGACGUCAUGGAGUGA